GGAUAGAGUAACAAUGAAUGAACCAAAACCCUUUCCUCUCCUUGUCAACGCCUCCCCUCACAACACCCAUUUCACAUUUGCAUCGCAGAUUGAUACAGAGAGAGAGAGAGAGAGAGAGAGAGAGAGAGAGAGAGAGAGAGAGUAAAGGGGUAGAGUAGGGAGGAAUUGUCUGUGAGGCCAUCCAUGGCAACUGCUUAUGCGGCGGCUGCACCACCCACUUCCAUGGCGGCGGCCACUCUGUUGACCCCGCGUGUCCCCUCCGCCACCCGCUGCGCCGCCUUCCCGUCCCUUCCUCCUCCGCCUCCUCGCUUCUGCGCCACCUCUUCCCGUCCCUCUUCUGUCGCACCCAUUUCAGAGCCUCGCAGGUUUUCAUUGCUCCUGGUUAGAGCAACUUCCUCAGAAGAAACAUCUGGUGCUGUUGAUGCUGGAGAGUUAUUUGAAGACUUGAAGGGGAAGUGGGAUGCAGUUGAAAAUAAGUCUACAGUAAUUCUUUAUGGAGGUGGGGCAAUAGUUGCAGUUUGGCUAUCUUCAAUUGUUGUUGGUGCCAUCAAUUCUGUCCCAUUGCUUCCGAAGAUCAUGGAGUUGGUAGGACUUGGAUAUACAGGCUGGUUUGUGUACCGGUACCUUUUGUUCAAGUCGAGCAGAAAAGAAUUAGCUACGGACAUUGAAGCACUAAAGAAGAAGAUUGCUGGAACAGAGUAGACCCACAUGAUUGGGUGCCUACUCUAGUUCUUUGUAUGUCUGUUUUUGAAUUCCAUAAUGUAGAGUUCUGCUGUGUUAUAGUGUUCUUGUAGAAUUGUAUUUCCCAAGCUCAUCUGCGGAAUAAGAUUUGGCGAUUUUUAUUUA